CCGAUCAGCACCGCCACUUGCCUGAGAGCCGGGGCGGCCGGAGCGCGCCCCGAGCUCGGGCGCCGCCGCCGCUACCUCGGUGAGGUCGCCUCCCCAGUCUUGGACGACGCGAGGUGCUGGCGGCCAUCUCUGGUGCCCGGACAGGUGUCCCGCGAGCAGAUGUCGAGGACUGACUUUUGAUCCUUGGAAGCCACUGUGAGGAAGCCCCCCAGACGCCCAGCGCCAUGUCGGGGUCCACACAGCCUGUGGCGCAGACGUGGAGGGCAACCGAGCCCCGCUACCCGCCCCACGGCAUCCCCUACCCCGUGCAGAUCGCCCGGCCCCACGCGGAUGUCGGGCUGCUUGAGUACCAGCAUCAUCCCCGGGACUACACCUCACACCUGUCGCCUGGCUCCAUCAUCCAGCCCCAGAGGAGGAGGCCUUCCCUGCUGUCUGAAUUUCAGCCUGGGAACGAGAGGUCCCAGGAGCUUCACCUGCGACCCGAGUCCCACACCUACCUGCCCGAGCUGGGCAAGUCAGAGGUGGAGUUCAUCGAGAGCAAGCGCCCCCGCCUAGAGCUGUUGCCCGACCCCCUGCUGCGGCCUGCACCCCUGCUUGCUGCGGGUCAGCCUGGGGGCUCGGAGGACCUGUCCAAGGACCGCAGCCUCACAGGCAAGCUGGAACCCGUGUCUCCUCCCAGCCCCCCACAUGCCGACCCCGAGCUGGAGCUGGUGCCUCCACGGCUGUCCAAGGAGGAGCUGAUCCAGAACAUGGACCGUGUGGACCGUGAGAUCACCAUGGUGGAGCAGCAGAUCUCCAAGCUGAAGAAAAAACAGCAACAGCUGGAGGAGGAGGCAGCCAAGCCGCCUGAGCCCGAGAAGCCCGUGUCCCCGCCGCCCAUCGAGUCAAAGCAUCGCAGCCUGGUGCAGAUCAUCUAUGACGAGAACCGGAAGAAGGCCGAAGCUGCACAUCGGAUUCUGGAAGGUCUGGGGCCUCAAGUGGAGCUGCCGCUGUACAACCAGCCUUCUGACACCAGGCAGUAUCAUGAGAACAUCAAAAUGGGCACCAGGGCUGUGCUGAGGUUGGAGCCUUCUGCCUCCAAGUGGGAGCAAAGCAUCAGAGGUGUGACUACUGGAAGAAACCAGGCGAUGCGGAAAAAGCUAAUUCUGUACUUCAAGAGGAGGAAUCACGCGCGGAAACAAUGGGAGCAGAAGUUCUGCCAGCGCUAUGACCAGCUCAUGGAGGCCUGGGAGAAGAAGGUGGAGCGCAUCGAGAACAACCCCCGGCGGCGGGCCAAAGAGAGCAAGGUGCGCGAGUACUACGAGAAGCAGUUCCCCGAGAUCCGCAAGCAGCGGGAGCUGCAGGAGCGCAUGCAGAGCAGGGUGGGCCAGCGCGGCAGCGGGCUCUCCAUGUCGGCCGCCCGCAGCGAGCACGAGGUGUCUGAGAUCAUCGACGGUCUCUCGGAGCAGGAGAACCUGGAGAAGCAGAUGCGCCAGCUGGCCGUGAUCCCGCCCAUGCUGUACGACGCCGACCAGCAGCGGAUCAAGUUCAUCAACAUGAACGGGCUCAUGGACGACCCCAUGAAGGUGUACAAGGACCGGCAGGUCAUGAACAUGUGGAGCGAGCAGGAGAAGGAGACCUUCCGGGAGAAGUUCAUGCAGCACCCCAAGAACUUUGGCCUGAUCGCAUCGUUCCUGGAGCGGAAGACGGUGGCUGAGUGUGUCCUUUAUUACUACCUGACAAAGAAAAAUGAGAACUACAAGAGCCUGGUGAGGAGGAGCUACCGGCGCCGUGGCAAGAGCCAGCAGCAGCAGCAACAGCAGCAACAGCAGCAGCAGAUGCCCCGGAGCAACCAGGAGGAGAAAGAUGAGAAGGAGAAGGAGGCCGAGAAGGAGGAGGAGAAGCCAGACGUGGAGAACGACAAGGAGGAACUGAUCAAAGAGAAGACGGAUGACACCUCUGGGGAGGACAAUGAUGAGAAGGAGGCAGUGGCCUCCAAAGGCCGCAAAACCGCCAACAGCCAGGGGAGGCGCAAAGGCCGCAUCACGCGCUCCAUGGCCAACGAGGCCAACAGCGAGGAGGCCGCCACCCCCCAGCAGAGCGCCGAACUGGCUUCCAUGGAGAUGAACGAGAGCUCCCGCUGGACCGAGGAGGAGAUGGAGACGGCCAAGAAAGGUCUCCUGGAGCAUGGCCGCAACUGGUCGGCCAUUGCCCGGAUGGUGGGCUCCAAGACGGUGUCUCAGUGUAAGAACUUCUACUUCAACUACAAGAAGAGGCAGAACCUGGAUGAGAUCCUGCAGCAGCACAAGCUGAAGAUGGAGAAGGAGAGGAACGCUCGGAGGAAGAAGAAGAAAGUUCCCGCCGCCGCCAGCGAGGAAGCUGCCUUCCCGCCCGUGGUGGAAGACGAAGAGAUGGAGGCCUCCGGCGUGAGCGGGAACGAGGAGGAGAUGGUAGAGGAGGCAGAAGCUUUACAUGCUUCUGGGAACGAGGCACCCAGAGGGGAAUGCAGUGGCUCAGCCGCGGUCAACAACAGCUCAGACACUGAAAGCGUCCCCUCCCCCCGCACCGAGACCUCCAAGGACACGGGGCAGAACGGGCCGAAGCCCACGCCCGCCCCUGGCACCGACGCGCCGCCCGCUGAGCCACACAACCCUCCUCCCGAGGACGCCCCAGCCCCCACUGAGCCUACUGCCACCCCCGAGGCCACCGGCCCUCCCACACCCCCACCAGCGCCCCCGUCGCCUUCUGCACCCCCUCCUCUGGUCCCCAAGGAGGAGAAGGAAGAAGAGGCCGUAGUGGCCCCCUCCGUGGAGGAGGGGGAGGAGCAGAAGCCCCCUGUGACCCAAGAGCUGGCACUGGACGUGGGCAAGACCGAGGAUUCUGGGGAGGCGGCCCCCGCAGAGCCAGUCAAGAGCGAGUGCAAGGAGGAGGCCACAGAGGAAGGGCCAGACAAGGCCCGGGGGCGCGCAGACGCGGGCCCUGAGGCUGUGCCCGAGGGCGCUCUGAAGGUGGAGAGCAAGGAGGGCGGCGGGCCCGUGGCCAAAGCUCCCUCGGCCAAGGGCUCAGGCGCCCCCCAGGACAGUGACUCCAGUGCCACCUGCAGCGCCGACGAGGUGGAUGAGCCCGAGGGGGGCGACAAGAACAGGCUGCUGUCCCCACGACCCAGCCUCCUCACCCCGACCAGCGACACCAGGGCUAAUGCCUCGCCCCAGAAGCCCCUGGACCUGAAGCAGCUGAAGCAGCGUGCCGCCGCCAUCCCCCCCAUCGUCACCAAAGUCCAUGAGCCCUCCCGGGAGGAUGCUGCUCCCCCUAAGCCAGCUCCCCCUGCCCCGCUGCCUUCACAGCACCUGCAACCAGACAGUGACACCCCCCAACAGCCCAGCAGCAGCCCUCGAGGCAAAAGCAGGAGCCCUGUGCCUCCUGCUGAGAAAGAGGCAGAAAAGCCAGCAUUCUUCGCGGCGGAGGGCCAGAAGCUGCCCACAGAGCCGCUGUGCUGGACGUCAGGCCUGCCCUUCCCCGUGCCCCCGCGAGAGGUCAUCAAGGCCUCCCCGCACACCCCUGAUCCCUCGGCUUUCUCCUACGCCCCGCCUGGUCACCCGCUGCCCCUGGGCCUCCAUGACAGUGCCCGGCCUGUCCUGCCUCGUGCACCCACCAUCUCCAACCCGCCGCCCCUCAUUUCCUCCACCAAGCACCCCAGCGUCCUCGAGAGACCAUUGGGUUUCAUCCCCCAGUCAGGGACAAUGCAGCUCCACGUCCCAUACUCAGAGCACGCCAAGGCCCCCGUGGGCCCCACGGCGAUGGGGCUGCCCCUCACCAUGGACCCCAAGAAGCUGGUGCCCUUUAGCGGAGUGAAGCAGGAGCAGCUGUCCCCGCGGGGCCAGGCUGGGCCACCGGAGAGCCUGGGGGUGCCCACGGCCCAGGAGACGUCUGUGCUGAGAGGGACGUCUCUGGGCGCGGUGCCAGGCGGAAGCAUCACCAAGGGCAUCCCCAGCACAAGGGUGCCUUCCGAGAGCCCCAUCACAUACCGUGGCUCCAUCACCCACGGCACUCCCGCCGAUGUCCUGUACAAGGGCGCCAUCACCCGGAUUGUGGGCGAGGACAGUCCUAGCCGCCUGGACCGCAGAGAAGAUGGCCUGCCCAAGGGCCAUGUCAUCUACGAGGGCAAGAAGGGCCACGUGCUAUCCUAUGAGGGCGGCAUGUCCGUGACCCAGUGCUCCAAGGAGGACGGCAGGAGCAGCUCGGGCUCCGCCCACGAGACGGCCGCCCCCAAGCGCACCUACGACAUGAUGGAGGGCCGCGUGAGCCGGGCCAUCUCCUCGGCCAGCAUCGAAGGUCUCAUGGGCCGCGCCAUCCCCACGGAGCGACACAGCCCCCACCACCUCAAGGAGCAGCCGCACAUCCGAGGUUCCAUCACCCAAGGGAUCCCACGGUCCUACGUGGAGGCCCAGGAAGACUACCUGCGCCGGGAGGCCAAGCUCCUGAAGCGGGAGGGGACGCCCCCGCCACCCCCACCGCCCCCCCGGGACCUGGCCGAAGCCUACAAGGCCCGGCCCUUGGAGGCCCUGGGGCCCCUGAAGCUGAAGCCCGCGCACGAGGGCCUGGUGGCCACAGUGAAGGAGGCCGGCCGCUCCAUCCACGAGAUCCCGCGGGAGGAGCUUCGGCGCACGCCCGAGCUGCCCCUGGCCCCGCGGCCGCUCAAGGAGGGCUCCAUCACGCAGGGCACCCCGCUCAAGUACGACACGGGCACCUCUUGCACCGGCUCUAAGAAGCACGAUGUGCGCUCCAUCAUCGGCAGCCCCGGCCGCACCUUCCCCCCCGUGCACCCGCUGGACGUGAUGGCGGACGCCCGGGCGCUGGAGCGUGCCUGCUACGAGGAGACACUCAAGUGCCGGCCGGGGGCCGUCAGCAGCUCCGGGGGUUCCAUCACCCGGGGAGCCCCGGUCAUCGUGCCCGAGCUAGGCAAGCCGCGGCAGAGCCCCCUGACCUACGAGGACCACGGGGCGCCCUUCACUGGCCACCUGCCCCGCGGCUCGCCUGUGACCACGCGGGAGCCCACCCCACGCCUGCAGGAGGGCAGCCUCUCGUCCAGCAAGGCGUCCCAGGACCGGAAGCUGACUUCCACGCCCCGCGAGAUCGCCAAGUCCCCGCACAGCGCCGUGCCCGAGCACCACCCUCACCCCAUCUCCCCCUACGAGCACCUGCUUCGGGGCGUGAGCGGCGUGGACCUGUACCGCGGCCACAUCCCCCUGGCCUUCGACCCCGCCGCCAUUCCCCGUGGGAUCCCGCUCGACGCAGCCGCCGCCUAUUACUUGCCCCGGCACCUGGCACCCAGCCCCACCUACUCGCACCUGUACCCGCCGUACCUCAUCCGCGGCUACCCCGACACGGCCGCGCUGGAGAACCGCCAGACCAUCAUCAACGACUACAUCACCUCGCAGCAGAUGCACCACAACGCGGCGGCCGCCAUGGCCCAGCGCGCCGACGUGCUGCGGGGCCUGUCUCCCCGGGAGUCCUCGCUGGCCCUGAACUACGCCACCGGCCCACGAGGUAUCAUUGACCUGUCCCAAGUGCCACACCUGCCUGUGCUGGUGCCUCCAACACCGGGCACACCAGCCACCGCCAUGGACCGCCUCGCCUACCUCCCCACUGCACCGCAGCACUUCGGCAGACUCAGCAGCUCCCCGCUCUCCCCAGGGGGCCCCACGCACUUGACAAAACCAACUGCCACGUCCUCGUCUGAGAGGGAGCGAGAGCGGGACCGGGACCGCGAGCGGGACCGGGACCGCGAGCGGGAGCGCGAGAAGUCCAUCCUCGCGUCCACCACAACGGUAGAGCAUGCACCCAUCUGGAGACCUGGUACAGAGCAGAGCAGCGGUGGGAGUGGCAGCAGCCGCCCCGCCUCCCACUCCCACCAGCACUCGCCCAUCUCCCCGCGGACCCAGGACGCCAUCCAGCAGAGACCCAGCGUGCUGCACAACACGGGCGUGAAGGGCAUCAUCACCUCCGUGGAGCCCAGCACGCCCACGGUCCUGAGGUGGGCCAGGUCCACCUCCACCUCCUCACCUGUCCGCCCGGCGGCCACAUUCCCGCCCGCUGCCCACUGCCCACUGGGUGCCACCCUGGAUGGGGUCUACCCCCCGCUCUCGGAGCCGGUCCUGCUGCCCAAGGAGGCGCCGCGGGGGGCGCGGCCUGAGCGGCCCCGGGCAGAAGCCGGCCACGCCUUCCUCCCCAAGCCCCCCGCCCGCUCGGCGCUGGAGCCCGCCUCGUCCCCCGGCAAGGCCACCGAGCCCCGACCCCUGGUGCCGCCCGGCUCCAGCCACUCUGCCAUCGCCCGCACCCCAGCAAAGAGCCUCGCACCCCACCACACCAGCCCGGACCCGCCGGCGCCCCCCGCCUCAGCCGCGGACCCGCACCGGGAAAAGACUCAAAGUAAACCCUUUUCCAUCCAGGAAUUGGAACUCCGUUCUCUGGGUAAGACCACCCUGACAGCGGCCACCUUCAUAGACGCGAUUAUCAUGCGUCAAAUUGCUCACGAUAAAGGGCCGCGAGAAGGAGGUUCGCUGGCCGACGACUCCGCUCGCGAUGGGUACCACGGCGGCAGCUACAGCCCCGAUGGGGUGGAGCCCGUCAGCCCCGUGACCUCACCCAGCCAUGACAAGGGGCUCCCCAAACACCUCGAGGAGCUUGACAAGAGCCACCUGGAAGGGGAGCUGCGGCACAAGCAGCCAGGCCCCGGGAAGCUCGGCGGCGAGGCCACACACCUGCCCCACCUGCGGCCGUUGCCCGAGAACCAGCCCUCAUCCAGCCCGCUGCUGCAGGCCGCCCCGGGGGUCAAAGGUCACCAGCGGGUGGUCACUCUGGCACAGCACAUCAGUGAGGUCAUCACGCAGGACUACACGCGUCACCACCCACAGCAGCUCAACACACCCCUCCCUGCCCCUCUCUACUCCUUCCCCGGGGCCAGCUGCCCCGUCCUGGACCUCCGCCGCCCACCCAGUGACCUCUACCUCCCACCCCCGGACCAUGGCGCCCCGACCCGUGGCUCCCCCCACAGCGAGGGGGGCAAGAGGUCUCCAGAGCCAAGCAAGACGGCAGCCCUGGGCAGCAGCGAGGAUGGGAUUGAGCCCGUGUCCCCACCCGAGGGCAUGGCUGAGCCCGGACAUCCCCGGAGUGCUAUGUACCCGCUGCUCUACCGGGAUGGGGAGCCGGCAGAGCCCAGCAGGAUGGGCUCCAAGUCUCCAGGCAACACCAGCCAGCCGCCAGCCUUCUUCAGCAAGCUGACGGAGAGCAACUCUGCCAUGGUCAAGUCCAAGAAACAGGAGAUCAACAAGAAGCUGAACACCCACAACCGCAAUGAGCCGGAAUACAAUAUCGGCCAGCCAGGGACAGAGAUCUUUAACAUGCCGGCCAUCACCGGAGCAGGCCUUAUGACCUGUAGGAGCCAGGCGGUGCAGGAGCAUGCCAGCACCAACAUGGGGCUGGAGGCCAUAAUUAGAAAGGCGCUCAUGGGUAAAUAUGACCAGUGGGAGGAGCACCCGCUCAGCGCCAAUGCUUUUAACCCUCUGAGUGCCGGUGCCAGCCUGCCCGCUGCUAUGCCCAUAACCGCUGCUGACGGACGGAGCGAACACGCACUCACCUCGCCAGGUGGUGGCGGGAAGGCCAAAGUCUCUGGCAGACCCAGCAGUCGAAAAGCCAAGUCCCCAGCCCCAGGCCUGGCGCCCGGAGACCGGCCGCCCUCGGUCUCCUCGGUGCACUCGGAGGGAGACUGCAACCGCCGGACCCCACUCACCAGCCGCGUGUGGGAGGACCGGCCCUCAUCCGCAGGUUCCACGCCGUUCCCCUACAACCCCCUGAUCAUGCGACUGCAAGCUGGGGUCAUGGCCUCCCCCCCUCCACCUGGCCUGCCCACGGGUGGCGGGCCUCUUGCCGGACCCCACCACGCCUGGGAUGAGGAGCCCAAGCCGCUGCUGUGCUCACAGUACGAAACACUCUCCGACAGCGAGUGACUGACCCGUGGGGUGGGGGCGGCGCCGGGGCCCAGCGAGGAGCGGGAUCAGACGGCCAGGAGCGGGUUGGCUGCCAACUCCCCCUGCCGAGGAAGGAGCCCCUGAGUCUGCCUGCGUGCCCGUCUGUCCGUCCAUCCAGAGCUGGCAUCCUUGCCUGUCUAAAGCCUUAACUACGAUUCCCGCCCCGGGCUGGCCCUGUGCAGUGACCUUACUCAGGGGAUGUUUACCUGGUGCUCGGGAGGGGAGGGGCCGGGGAGGGGGCGCGGCGGGCGUGCGGUGGCCACACGCCCAAGGCCGGGGCGGCCAGGGACCCAAAGCAGGACGACCAUGCACCUCCCAUGCCACUGCCUCCCCGCUUAAUGCAUUUGGAACCAAAGUCUAAACUGAGCUAGCAGCCCCCUGCUCCGCCCCUCCGCCCCCAUCCUGCUUAGCGCUCUGGACAGAGGGACGCAGGCCCUGUCCAGCCCCCAGCGCUCUCAUCCCGGUCCCCAUGGGCUGCCCCAGCCAAUGAGACUGCUGGAAACCACGUCAGACCAGAUGGGUGGGCGAAAGGGCCAGGUGUGGCCUGGGGCGUGCGGAUGCUCCAAGGAACUGGACUGUUUUUUUCACACAUCGUUGCCGCAGCGGUGGGAAGGAAAGGCAGGUGUAAAUGAUGUAUUGGUUUACAGGGUAUAUUUUUGAUACCUUCAAUGAAUUAAUUCAGAUGUUUUACGCAAGGAAGGACUUAACCCAGUAUUAUUGCUGCUGUGCUUUCGAUCUCUGCUUACCGUUCAAGAGGCGUGUGCAGGCCAACAGUGGUGACCCCAUUGUCCACGGGACUGAAGGGGUGGGCCGUGGGCUCCAGUGCCCGCUCCUGCACUGGACCAGCCCCCUGCGUCCUCCCCCUCCCUCCCUCGGGCAGGAUGACCUUGAUGGGUAUUCUGUGGCCGCUGUCUGCGCACGCAGUGGCGUUCUGUCAUUUUCACACGUUGUUCUCAUUAAAAGGCAAAUUAUACUCAA